AUGUCUAGUUUAAUCCCAAUUUCCACCUAUAACUUAGCUCUUCAACCAUUCAACCCGGUUCAAGCUAUUGAUGAUGAAUAUCCAGUCACCAUCAGAUUAACUUUAGCUGCUGUUGACCCAGAAGCUGUUGAUGAUAAAGCAGAACCAUCCACCUUAAGGUUAUUAAAGAGAUCUAACUUAUUCGUUGACGACGAAGAUCUUGAUGAUGACUUAUUAGACAUCGAAGCUGAAGAAGCUGACGAAUUAGAUUCCGAAGAAGAUGAAGAAGAAGUCAAGCCAAAGAACAAGAAGAAGCAAAACAAGAAGAAGGUCGAAGAAGAAGAAGAAGAUGAGGAAGAAGAAGACCUUGACAUUGACGGGUCCUCUGAUGAAGAAGACGACGAAGAUGUUUCCGAAUUUGUCGUUUGUACUUUAUCUCCAAAGGUUCAAUUCCAACAAACCAUUGACCUUACAAUCACCCCAGAUGAAGAAGUCUACUUUGUUGUCACUGGCUCUUACCCUGUCCAUUUGACCGGUAACUAUGUUGAGCACCCAGCUGAUGAAGAUUCCGAAGACGAAUACGACGAAGACAGCGAAGACGACUACAACUUGACUCCAGAUGAAGAUGAAAUCAUUGGUGGUGAAGAAUACGACUUAGAUGACUUGGAAGAUGCUUCCGAUAUCGAAAACAAAAUCGAAGAAUUAGUCGAAGAAGAAGCCCAAGGCUCCAAGAAGAGAAACGCCGAAGAACCUGAAGCUCCAACUUCUAAAAAGUCAAAGAAGGCCAAGAAGGAAGACAAAAAGUCUGUUCAAUUCACCAAGGACUUAGAACAAGGCCCAACUGGCUCUACUUUAGUUGAAGAAAAGACUGAAAAGAAGGGAAAGAAGGAAAAGGCUAAGAAGGAAGAACCAAAGAAGGAACAACCAAAAAAGGAAGAACCAAAGAAGGAAGAAGCCGCUAAGAAGUUCCCAACCAAGACCUUAUUAGGUGGUGUUAUCACCGAAGACAGAAAAACCGGUAAGGGUCAAACUGCCAAAUCCGGUAACAAAGUUGGUAUCAGAUACAUUGGUAAAUUGAAAAAUGGUAAGGUUUUCGAUAAGAACACCUCUGGUAAGCCAUUCGUGUUUGGAUUAGGAAAAGGCGAAUGUAUCAAAGGUUUCGAUUUAGGUGUCGCUGGUAUGGCUGUUGGUGGUGAAAGAAGAGUUGUUAUUCCACCAAAGAUGGGUUACGGAAGUCAAGCUUUACCAGGUCUUCCUGCUAAUUCUGAAUUAACUUUCGAUAUCAAGUUAGUCUCUAUCAAAUAG